CCACGACGUCAUAAGACCGCGCCUCUCCUUUUCGGCGGAUGUCUGCUGAGCGGCGAGCGAGCAGAAAGGUGAAAGCGCUCCACAAACGACCCUUAGCAGGUGAUUAGGAAAUAGGAGACUUUCAUGUCGUCAUGUUUAUCCCUUAGAAAAACAACUCGAACUCAUUUUGGGAUGAGCUGAAUCAAGCCGCUCAUCCUCGUAGUGGGAGGCCGCCAUGCUGGUCCUGGCGGGUCUGCGCUUCCCGCGGCUCCCCUUGAGAGCGUCGCGCUGCUCUGCCUUCUUCAAGAAGUCUCCUCUUCGUCUUCCUCCCGCCGCCCGCUCCUCAAGUCUCCGCCGCCAUCUGUCCUCGGGGGGCGUGGAUCCGGGCUGGUACGAGCAGGCGGCGCGCUCGGCCCCCGUGCACCUGGCUGAGGACUUACUGGUCCAGGUCCAGCAGACCACCGGGCUUCCCUGGUGGCUCAGCAUCGCCGUCAGCACCCUGAGUGUCCGGACGCUGGUCACGCUGCCCCUCGCCGCCUACCAGAUGCGCGUCCUGGCCAAGGUGGAGGCGCUGCAGACGGAGAUCGCGGCGCUGGCCAAGAGACUGCGGUACGAAGUGUCGCUGAGGGCCAGCGAGCGAGGUUGGACGGACAAGCAGAGGAGCUUCCAGUUCCGGAAGAAUCUGCGGCGUCUGGUGUCGCAGCUGUAUGUGAGGGACAACUGUCACCCUUUCAAGGCAUCGCUGCUGGUUUGGGUUCAGCUGCCGCUUUGGAUCGGCCUGUCGCUCGCCCUCAGGAACCUCAGCGCGCCGCACUCGGCGCUCAAGGCCUCCUUGGCCACGGGGGGCGCUCUGUGGUUCCCCGACCUGACGUCGCCCGACUCCACGUGGCUCCUGCCGCUCGCUCUGGGGCUGACCAAUCUGCUCAUCGUGGAGCUGUUUUCCCUCCAGCGGUCCAACGUGUCGUCCGCCCACAAGGCAGUGACAAACGCCAUGCGAGGUCUGUCCCUGCUGAUGAUUCCCAUCGCUGCCGGGGUCCCGUCGGCGAUGGCGCUCUACUGGUGGUGCUCCAGCCUGGUGGGCUUGGGUCACAAUCUUCUACUUCGCGCUCCUGCUCUCUGCAAGAUCCUCAAACUUCCCACGCGGCCUUCCAACACGCCCUACAAAGACCUGAUGGACGCCGCCGUCAGGAAGUACCGCAAGUAAAAAGGAAGUCAUUGGCGGCGCAGUGGCUGUGCAGGAAGUGGCGCCAAAGCGCACCACCGACCAAGUCUGGGUUCUGCCUCCCUACCCCAAGAAUGUCUGGAUGCCUCUCUCCAAAGUACGCAAGUGAACAGGAAGUUGCCUGCAGCUGGACAGGAAGUGUGUGUGUGUGUGUGUGUGUGUUUUGGACUCGCUGACCCGAGCCAGGACUCGUCUUCAUUUCCUGUGGGCCAGUUUCUAUUAUGUGCAAGCAUCAAUCGGGACCCGCAAGAAUUUCCUCCUCUCUCAGUGCAUUCGCAGCUGCUCAAAAUAACACUUCAGAAAGUGACUUGGCCGUUUUGUUGAAACGUUUUGAACUUUUGAUGCCGCUACCCGUUUGGUGGGUGUAGUUCCUAAACGCCCUUUGUUGUGAUUGAGGAGUCAGGAACGUACGCGGUCGCUGCGUUCACUCAUUGCAGACUUCUGAAUCAUUCUCUACUGGUGACGCUGGAUCUCAAACCAUAAAUCGACUUCUCUCCCUUCAUCACGGAUUUUUGUUCGUUUCUUUGUUUUUAUUCUUGCGAACUGGCAUUGACGAGA